GUCUCCAACAUGUUAUCAUAUAUGAGAGGACGGCAAAUCAAUCCUGUCUGAAUUCACAUUUUCAGUAUUAUAGCAAUUCUGCGAAACAUUUGAUAUCUUAUUAACAAACAGCAUUUCAUUGAUUGCAAAAUGUCUUCAACUGCAAAACAGCAAUCAUUACCAAAAGAUGGUAAUUGGCAUGGCCGAAUUGAAGUAGGAGGAGAGUUCCCUCCCGAAGCGGAUCGAUACCAUUUAUACAUUGGACUUUUCUGUCCAUUUGCCCAUCGAGCAAACCUCAUUCGACAUCUCAAAGGUCUCACUUCCAUUCUCCCUAUAUCCGUCGUCAAACCUUAUCCAAAGGGUGACGAUAAAGGAUGGGCUAGCUGGAAAUUUGCAACCGAAACUGAUUCUUAUCCUGGCGCAACUGAAGAUCAUCUCUUUCAUUCCAAAUAUCUCCACCAGGUAUACUUCCGGUCCCAAAGAGAUUACAAGGGCAGGUUCUCCGUGCCCGUUCUAUGGGAUAAGAAGACAAAUCAAAUCGUUUGCAACGAAAGCUUAGAGAUCCUGCGGAAUCUCAAUACAGGAUUCGACAGCAUACUGGAUGAUGAAUAUAAGAAUCUAAAUUUCUAUCCUGAGAAUUUGGCCGCCGAAAUCGAUGAAAUGGGAGAAUGGAUGCAAACCGAAAUCAAUACCGGAGUAUACAAAGCUGGAUUUGCCCCGAAUCAAGAAACUUAUGACAAAAAUGUUGUACCAUUAUUCAAAGCUCUUAAUCGAAUGGAGGAAAUCAUCAAAAAUAAUGGAGGUCCAUAUGUUUUGGGCUCAGAAAUGACAGAACUGGAUUUGAGGUUGUAUCCAACAAUUUGUCGCUUCGAUGCCGUGUAUGUGCAACACUUCAAGUGUAACCUUGGAACGAUUCGUCAUGAUUACCCGGUGAUAAAUGCUUGGUUGAAACAUUUGUAUUGGGAAGUAAAGGGAUUUAAGGAAUCCACGGAUUUCAAACAUAUUAAGGAAAAUUACACGAAGAGUAAUACGGACAUCAAUCCAACGGCCAUCACCCCGAUGGGUCCUAUUCCUAAUAUUGAGCGUGGAGUAGAUGAUGAUUGGAGUAAAUUGGUAGCAGGUCGGGUCGAAUUGGACUAAGAAAUGAAAACUGUAUUGCUCAGGAAUUCUUGGUUAUGUACGUUGUCCCCAAAGCAUCGACUUCCCCAGAAAAUUUUCUCCUAGAUCAAUGAUACUAUCUUCUCAAAAGUUUGAAGAGCCCUUCUGGUGAUGAAAAUGAAGUCCGGUGCAUCCUUGGUAGUGAUAAUUGUGAUUGUUUUGCUUUUGGU